AAGAGUCAUAAAGACAGGUCUCCGUAUUAGACCUUGUAGUGCGCUUACCUAGACCUGAGAGGGACUUUCAGGAUAGAACAUGAUUCCAUGUGGAUGGCUCAUAAACAAAAAUGAGAAACAGGACGAUAAACUGGUAAUGUUCACCAAUCAAUCUGAAGAUUCUGAAAGAUGUGAAAGCAUGGAGCUGGACAAAAAAAUCCAGGAUCUGAUUGAGAGAAAUGCUUCUCCUCAUCCAAAAGGAUUCACCCCACAGGCCAUGACAACUCACAGAAAUCUGUGUUCUCCGAAGACUCCAGGAAAAACAGCUUCCAUGGCACAUUUUGUACAGGGCACAUCUAGAAUGACUGCUGCAGAACAUUCUACAGAGCAUAACAAGUGUGCUGAAUCAUCAAUAAGAAAGAACUUGACAAAUUCUCUUGAACAAAAGAUAAGGUGUUUAGAAAAACAGAGAAAAGAGCUCCUGGAAGUUAACCAGCAAUGGGAUCAGCAAUUUAGAAGUAUGAAAGAGUUAUAUGAAAGAAAGGUAGCAGAACUGAAGACGAAACUGGACGCCGCAGAAAGACUCCUCAGCCUGCGAGAGAAGGAGCGGCAUGAGAGGCAGAGAGAGGACGACAGGCAGAGAGAGGACCACCGGCAGCGCGACCUGACCCGGGACCUGCUGCAACGGGAGGAGAAGGAAAAGGAACGCCUAAAUGAAGAAUUACAUGAAUUGAAGAAAGAGAAUAAGCUUUUAAAGGAAAAAAAUGCUCUUGUGAACGAGGAGAAGGAACAUUACGAAUGUGAAAUAAAACGCCUUAAUAAGGUUCUUCAGGAUGCCUUGAAUUUCAAGUGUUCAUUUUCCGAGGACUGUUUGAGGAAGUCUCGAGUGGAAUUUUGCCAUGAGGAGAUGAGAACAGAAAUGGAAGUUCUGAAGCAGCAGGUGCAAAUAUACGAAGAAGACUUCAAAAAGGAACGAUCAGAUCGAGAGAGACUUAAUCAAGAGAAGGAGGAGCUACAGCAAAUUAAUGAAACUUCCCAAUCCCAGUUGAACAGGCUGAAUUCCCAGAUAAAAGCUUGUCAGAUGGAGAAAGAAAAACUAGAAAAGCAAUUAAAGCAGAUGUAUUUCCCAACCUGUAACUGCGGCUUGGUUUUCCACCUGCAAGGUCCAUGGCCACCAACAGGCGCUGGAGCUGUGCAGAAGCAACGGGAGCACCCACCAGACUAUCAGUGGUAUGCUCUUGACCAGCUUCCGCCAGAUGUACAACACAAGGCAAAUGGUUUCUCCUCAGAAAAGCAAGUCAAUCAGUAGAAGUACACACUAACAGAGAGGGACAACAGGCAACGGGGGACCGUGGCUGAGGACCCUCUUCUUUGUUUAUACUGAGGCUUGUUUCUGCCACAAAGGCACAUCAUCUACCCUGUUAUUUGUGCCUCGUCAUGUUUCCCUUUGGCCUGAAUACAGGAAAAGGCUUCUGACAGCUGAGAUCCUGAUCAAAUCGGAGGAGUCCAUUAUUAUACAACCAAAUACAACUUCCGGUUUCCUUGAAA